AUCUUUUGGCUCCAUGAAAUUUUGAUUCAUCACCGUAUCAUUCACAAUUUCACGCAACAAACUCACUGUUCUACUACGAAGGAAAUGAGCGACGAGUACCAGAGCUCGGGAAUGUUGUCCAGAGAACAGUUGCUUCAUCUCUUUGAUCGCUUCUCUUUUCUCACUUCCCAACCUGAUGUGAAGGACCGAAUUGCAGACGCUGUCCUGAAUGAAAAUCAGGAAGCUGUUGCUGUAACCACUGCGAUACAAGAGGAGAUAUUUUUGGAGAUGGGGGUUGAUCCAAGGUUUGGUCUAGCUUGUUUGGGAAAAGUGAAUAUGACUUAUGAGAAUGACCAGGAUCUAAUGAUUCGCUUUUAUGGAUUCGUUGCAAAGGAAGAGAUGGCUUGUGAGGAAGCCGAGCUUGGACCAGAUAAAUUUGCUGAAAGAAUGCACAUGCAACAUGAAUUACAAGAACAGCAACUGGAGAUGCUGAAGCACAUGCGAUAUUUUCACCUGGAUGAUCAGUCUGUGAUCCUUGAGAAGUUGCGUGAGCAGAUGGAGAUGGCCAAUUUUGAUAGUGAGGCAUCAGUUUUUUCAGUGGAACAGAUCCAAGAUAUUGUUCGAAGGAAGGUAUCACCUGUAUUUAGGCCAAGAUAGUUGGAUUUUCACCUACUGCACCUCACACUCAUAGGAGGACUCCCGAUUAAGAAGGGGGUAUGACAUGAACUUGAAGAGGGCUUACUUGAAUGUUAAGUGAAUGGCUUGAAUCUACUUGUAUACUUAUUUUAGGUACCUUAGGGUUAUCUGUUUGACAUUAUAUUCCAGUGGAAUCACAUAACACCAUUUUAAAGAUAAUUUGUUGUUUACUUUAUCA